AUGCCGACCAAGCGCAAAGCAGAUAUUCCAGCAAAUGCCAAAUCCGCGAUCAAAUACACGGAUGUAUCCGGAGAUGCUCCCAACAAGCGCUCGCGCAUUGCCAAACCUAUCCAGAAAGCCUCUACGAAGAGCACAUCGCCGAUAGAAGAUACUGCAAAAGUUGCUGAAAAUGGGGCGCCAGGAGAGGCAGUGAAGAAGGAGGCCGGGCACUUUGAUCAUUCCAGACCAGAAGAACGAGCAGGCAUAGUUGAUCGACGAUACUAUCCAGCUGAAAUCAGCAAUGAGCGCUGCGCAAUGUAUAACGCCAAUGAGAUACCGCGACCGAUUGAGAUUCUGGAGAAGACCUUGCACACCACAAGUCAGGCCAGAGAGAAGAUUCGACUUGGGAAAGAUGGCAGCGGCGAGGCAGUUGUACAUUGGUUCAAACGUGACCUGCGGAUACGGGACAACACUGGCCUGUCCAAGGCAGCCGAAUUAGCCAAAGAAAGAGGCAUUGGAGUUAUUGGCGUGUGGCUAAUGAGCCCACAGGAUUGGGAAGCACAUAUCGUCAGCCCACCAAAGUGCGAUUUCGAACUCCGAUCAGUGGAGUUGCUGAAGAAAGAGCUGGAGGAGCUGGAUAUACCACUUUAUAUUGAGACUAUACCGGAGAGAAGGAACGUGACGAAGCGAUUGGUGGAGCUGGCGCAGGAGUGGAAUGUGAAGAACGUCUUUUGUAACCUUGAAUACGAACCUGAUGAGCUACGUAGAGAGGAGCGAUUGGUGCGUAUGAUGUUGGAAAAAGGCAUUGGCUUCGAUCCAUACCAUGAUGACUGUGUUGUCCCACCUGGAAGUCUCAAGUCAGGAGCAGGGAAACAAUACGCAGUAUACAGUCCCUGGUGUCGCGCAUGGAUUGCUCAUCUCCACUCACAUCCAGAUCUUUUAAUAGAGCGCCCGAUGCCAGGACAAAACCCAGCCAACUUCCGCAACAAGUUCAGCAAACUAUUCGACGCCUCGGUACCCAGUAUUCCAGAGUCCAAAUCUCUAACACCCGAGGAAAAGGAACGCUUCAGCCGCCUGUGGCCCGCUGGCGAAGCCGCAGCCAUUGACCGACUCGAACGCUUCCUUGUGGAGAAAAUCGUGAAGUACAAAGACACCCGCAAUUUUCCCGCUCUGAACAGUACUGGGCGGGUAAGUGUCCACCAUGCCGCCGGCACGCUAGCAGCCCGAACCAGCAUACGCAUGGCCCGCGACAUCAACAGUGCCCAGAAGCUCGACGGUGGCAAAGACGGCGUGAAAACCUGGAUUGGAGAAGUAGCCUGGCGAGACUUUUACAGACACGUUCUAGUACACUGGCCAUAUGUGUGCAUGAACAAGCCAUUCAAAUACGAAUACACAAACAUCGACUGGGAAUAUAACACGGCUCACUUCACUGCUUGGACCCGCGGCCAAACUGGCUAUCCCAUCGUCGACGCUGCAAUGCGCUGUCUGAACCACACAGGCUACAUGCACAACCGGCUGCGCAUGAUAACCGCCUCGUUCCUGGCCAAGCACCUGCUGCUGGAUUGGCGCCUCGGCGAGCAAUACUUCCUCUCGCACCUCAUCGACGGCGACUUUGCUAGUAACAACGGUGGAUGGGGUUUCAGCGCCUCGACAGGCGUGGAUCCGCAGCCGUACUUCCGUAUCUUCAAUCCGUGGAUUCAGUCAGAGAAGUUCGAUGCUGAUGGUGAGUUUAUUAGGACGUGGGUGGAGGAGUUGAAGGACGUACAGGGGAAGGAUGUGCAUAAUCCAUAUAAGGCGGGUGGGAGGGCGAUGGAGACAGCGAGGAGGAUGGGGUAUCCUGAGCCAAUUGUUGAACAUACGGUUGCGAGAGCGAGGUGUUUGAAGAGGUACAAGGAGGGGAUUGGGAGGGAUACAGCCUAG